UACGAGUCCCAAGUCCACGCUUUCACUGUCAAGCUCCAAGAUAAAUUGCUCUGAACAUGUUCUUCGCCCGGGUAGCAUUUCUCCUUGCUUUAGCAGUUCUCCUUGCUUCUGGAGCCACUCUUCCUCCUGAUGAAGUGAGAGCUUUGCAGCAAAUUGCUGGGACAUUAAGGAAGACGGACUGGAAUUUCAGUGUGGAUCCAUGCAGUGGACAGCAAAACUGGAGUACUCCUAAUCCCAUAGAAACUCAGAAUGCGGUUACUUGUGAUUGUUCCUUCUUCAAUCACACAGUUUGCCAUGUUGUCAGCAUAAUACUCAAAGCUCAGAAUCUUCCGGGAUCAUUGCCGCCAGAAUUGAUCAAGCUCCCGUAUCUCCGAGAAAUUGAUCUAACACGCAACUACCUUAAUGGUACAAUACCACGGGAAUGGGGUUCCAUGCAACUUGUAAACAUUUCCCUGCUUGGAAACCGUAUAUCAGGGUCAUUGCCAAAAGAACUUGGAAAUAUCAGCACAUUAGUCAAUCUAACUGUUGAAUUCAAUCAGUUGUCUGAAACUAUUCCUCCAGAGCUUGGGAAUCUCACUCUCAUAGAAAAAAUACAUUUAACCUCAAACAAUUUCACUGGCAAGUUGCCUGGAACGCUAGCUAGGUUGACCACUUUGAAGGACUUUCGCAUUGGCGAGAACCAGUUCCUAGGAAGUAUACCUAAUUUCAUUCAGAGUUGGACAAACCUUGAGAAACUAGUGAUACAGGCUAGUGGUCUAAGUGGGCCAAUGCCAUCUGGCAUCGCUUCCUUGACAAAAUUAACUGACCUGAGAAUCAGUGAUUUGAACGGAAAUGACACAAAUUUUCCCCCACUUAGUGCGGCAACUAAUAUGAAGACGCUGAUAUUAAGGAGUUGCAAUAUUGUUGGGCAGCUACCAGGGUUUCUUGGCUCAUUUAAAAAAUUGAAACUCUUGGACCUCAGUUUUAAUAAAUUAAGUGGACCUAUUCCAAGGACCUUGUUUGGUCUACCAAAGAUCGAAAAUAUUUAUCUGACUGGGAACUUCCUCACUGGAGCAGUGCCGGACUGGAUGCUGACAAAAGGCCAAGUCCGUAUUGAUCUUUCAUACAACAAUUUUACCAAAAGCUCUGGAGCGUCCGAUUGUCAACCGACCGGAAACUUAAACUUGUUUGCAAGCUCCUCAAAAGGCAACACACCAGGCAUUGUCUCAUGCUUAAGGAGCUUCAGCUGUCCAGAGAGUUGGUACUCUCUCCAUAUAAAUUGUGGUGGAAGAGAAAUGAAAGAUGAUGAUGAUAUAAGUUACGAUGACGAUAUAGAGUCAGGUGGCCCUUCAAAUUUUGUCCAUAGGUUUCGUAGUAACUGGGCAUUUAGCAGCACCGGUAACUUCUUGGAUGAUGACCGCCCCAGAGAUUCCUAUAUUUGGACAAACAAUACAGGCAUAUCUGGGACCGACUCGGGAUUAUAUACAGAAGCACGACUUUCCCCGCUUUCACUGACAUAUUAUGGUUUCUGUAUGCAAAAUGGGAAUUACACGGUAAACCUUCAUUUUGCUGAAAUUAUGUUUACUGAUGACAGAACAUAUAGUAGUCUGGGGAGGCGCAUCUUUGAUAUAUAUAUUCAGGAAAACUUGAUGCUGAAAGAUUUCAAUAUUGAGGAUGAGGCUGGUGGAGUUAAUAGACCUGUUAUUAAAAAAUUUACUGCAGUAGUAACUGACACCACUUUGGCGAUCCGCCUCUUCUGGGCUGGAAAAGGGACAACUGGUAUUCCUUUCAGGGGAGUUUAUGGUCCUCUGAUCUCAGCAAUUUCUGUGGAUCCUGACUUUAGACCACAUGGAAAAAGCUUACCAGCUAGUGCUGUAGCUGCGAUUGUAAUUGCAAUUCUGCUUCUUGCCACAAUUUGUGUUCUUUGGUGGAAAGGUUGUCUGUGGUGCAGAGAUACCUUGGAAAAUGAUUUAAAGGGUCUAGACCUACAAACUGGAUCGUUCACUCUAAGACAAAUUAAAGCUGCUACAAAUAAUUUUGAUGCAGCCAAUAAAAUUGGAGAAGGUGGCUUUGGUUCUGUCUACAAGGGUCAUCUGGCAGAUGGCACUAUCAUUGCUGUGAAGCAGCUUUCUUCCAAAUCAAAGCAAGGGAACCGCGAGUUUGUGAAUGAAAUAGGCAUGAUUUCAGCUCUACAACAUCCUAACCUUGUGAAGCUCUAUGGGUGCUGCGUCGAGGGAAACCAAUUAUUACUCGUAUAUGAGUACAUGGAGAAUAACAGCCUUGCUCGUGCAUUGUUUGGUCCUGAAGAACACAAGUUGGAAUUAGAUUGGCCAACAAGACACAAGAUUUCUGUGGGUAUAGCAAGAGGUUUGGCUUAUCUCCAUGAAGAAUCAAGGUUGAAGAUUGUCCACAGAGAUAUCAAGGCCACCAAUGUGCUACUUGAUAAGUAUCUAAACCCCAAGAUAUCUGACUUUGGUCUGGCCAAGCUUGAUGAUGAAGAAAGCACCCACAUUAGUACCCGUAUUGCUGGAACCUAUGGAUAUAUGGCACCUGAAUAUGCAAUGAGGGGCUACUUAACUGACAAAGCAGAUGUUUAUAGCUAUGGGGUUGUCCUUUUGGAGAUUGUCAGCGGAAGGAGUAAUGCCAAUAUCAAACCAAGGCAGGAUGGCUUCCAUCUUCUUGACUGGGCUAAGCUGCUGAAGGAGGAAGGGAAACUAAUGGAACUGGUAGACCCGAGACUCGGAUCAAACUUGAAUGAGGAGGAGGUUAUGCUUACAAUUCACAUAGCCCUUCUUUGCACCGAUGUCUCACCAACCGUUAGACCUGGCAUGUCGACGGUGGUUAGCAAGUUGGAAGGGCGAGCAGUUGAUGCAGAGCUCCUUUCAGAAUUGAGUUUCUCGAGUAACAAGGUUGAGCCCAGCAAGGAGAUCACCAAUCAGCAACAAGUGCCAAAUUCAGAUGAGAGCUACGCACAACAUGUGUCAAUGGAAGUGCCGUUUACUGCAUCUUCAACAUCGGCGGCAGAUUUAUAUCCAAUCAAUAUCGAUUCUGAUUAUCUGAUGAAGAGAUUGUGACGCCCAUAAUUCUGUGCUUUUUGUGUUCCAGUCUUUCCAUCCUUCCUCUCUUGUUGAAAUAUAACUGUAAAUCUAUACCUAUGUGUAUAUAUAUACAUAUCCAUAUGAAUCUAUCUCCUUAUAAAA